AUGUUUGGUGCGUUCAAAUCGACGCUUGCCGCCCAGGGAGGCUACCUUUGGAAGAAGGCCCCCCGGCUUUCCAUGCCCCAGAAAUCCCGGUUGAAGCAGCGCAUGAGGCUCGUGGACCAGAACAUCGAUGUCUUGUACCAGUCCUUGAAGGCGGCCGGCGAGGAGACCACCAACUGCAAGAAAAUCGACGCCCUCUACUUCAACUUGCCUAGGGAGAAAGACAUGGUGGCUCGGGACAAGUACACGACUUUCGACAAGAAGGUCAAGGGAUACAGAAAGUCCGUGCACUUGGUGCCAAAAUGGACCAGGACCACCUUCCGGGAAAACCCAAAAUACUUUUAG